GAAGCUGCAACCAGAAAAUGUUUGGCAUUUUUCCUUAAAAAUGAGUAAAACGAUUAUUGAAAAUAGCUGUCAAUUAUGGACUUUUCAGACAGAGCCAUGUUGCAUCCAACAGUCUCGCAUAUUCAAAGUUUAUGUUUUCAAUGACAGAGGAGGUAUAGAUGUAAUUUUUAACUAAGUUAUUUAACUUUUUUUGUGGAAAAACCUUAUAGAGCGGAAAUUAUUAUGCAAAGCAGGUGUCAUGUCUGGAGGGGAUCUUGACUCCAGUGUCAGUGGUGAUCCUCAUGAGGCAUCACAGCUACCAGUUAAAAUAAUAUAUAUUUUCAGACGCAAAUUAUCUGGUGCGCGGCCACCAUAUCUGUUCAAACUGUUUCAUCUGAUGCCUCAAAGAAAAGCUGGAUAUAAGAGUUUAUCCGCGGCAUCUCUGGUCCCAUGCAGGGAAGAAUUACAACUUCGCAACAGCAGUCAGCCACAUGCUCUCACUGUGCUGUAAUAAAACUAAAUCAGUGUAGGAACUCCGUGCGUCUCCAGGAUCUCAGUGAGGGGGGCGGUGCGCUGGACUCGGACCUGCGACAGUCUAGUAAAAGCCCUCCCUCCUGUUUUACUUGCUCCUUCUCCUCUCUCCAUCACUUGACGGAGGGCAGGCGGCGUGAGAGCAUCCUCCUCCUCCCCACCGGGUACCGGCCGGCCCCUCCACACUGUGGCAGCAGGGCUACUGCAGCGCAGCGCAGCGCACCGGAGCGGAGCUGGAGGAGAGGAGAGGAAAGCAGCAAACAGGAGAGGCGAGGAGAAGAGGAGGAGGAGGACGGACUGUCUGUCCUCCGACAGGCGGGAUUAUACUCUGCAGCAUCCUGUCGCUUCAACAUGCCUCUGGGGAGUAAAAGACUCGCUGGGAUUACUGCGCUGAUCGCCUCGCUGCUGCUCGGCUCCUGUGGGACAGGUGCAGAAGAGGUAUGUGACAGCCCACUGGUGUCCAAUCUGCCACCGUCAUCAUUCAGAAGUUCCUCCAAGCUGUCUAGCAGCCAUGGGCCGGUCUUCGCUAAGGUCAACAGGAGGGAAGGGGCUGGAGGUUGGUCUCCCCUCAUCUCAGACAGAUACCAGUGGUUGGAGGUGGACUUGGGGAGGAGGACCCAAGUCACAGCUGUUGCCACACAGGGACGCUACGGCAGUUCUGAUUGGCUGACGGCCUACCUGUUGAUGUUCAGCGACACGGGACACAACUGGAGGCAGCAUCGACAGGAAGACAGUUCAGGGGCUUUUUCAGGUAACAGUAAUGCUGACACUGUGGUCCAGUACAAACUUGAACAGCCGGUGAUAGCUCGCUACCUCCGCCUGAUCCCUCUGGACUGGAACCCUACUGGGAGGAUUGGACUUAGACUGGAAAUAUAUGGAUGUCGAUAUACUUCUGACGUGGCAAACUUUGAUGGCAGCAGCAGCCUGGUCUACAGGCUGAGUGUGCUGCCGAGCCGAACAGCCAUGGAGAUCAUUUCUCUGAAGUUUAAAACCCUGAAGAACUCUGGGACACUGUUCCAUGCAGAGGGACGGAGGGAUCACAGCCUCACUCUGGUGUUGGAGAAAGGAAGGCUGCUUCUCUAUCACCAAAAAGGUGUGACUUCACCCUCCGGCGGCCAGCUUCUUGUUUCUCUGGGAAGUCUACUGGACGACCAGCACUGGCACCGUGUAAAGCUGGAGCGGCUCAGCACUCAUCUGAACCUCGUCGUGGAUAAAAACACACAGCAAGUUCACAUACCAGCAGAGCUCAGCCACUGGGACAUUCACCAGCUAUGUCUGGGAGCUGUCCAAAGCCAUGGACUUCAGAAACCAAUCCUGUCCAACAGGAACUUCCAUGGCUGCCUGGAAAACCUGCUGUACAAUGACCUCAACCUGAUAGACCUAGCUAAACAGAACAACCCCCAGGUCACUGUGGUGGGCAAUGUGACCUUUUCUUGUGCUGAGCCAGUUUCAGUUGGUGUGACGUUCACCGACUCCCACAGCUUCCUCCAGUUGCCGGGACUGACAUCGUGGUCAUCAGGGUUCGUCUCCAUAGCUCUGCAGUUCCGGACAUGGAACAAGGUGGGGUUGCUCUUGACCUUUAACCUUCCGCAGCAGCAGGUCAUCGUCUGGCUGUACCUGAGUGAGACCAGACUCCAUCUACAGAUCAAUAAAGCUGGCAGGGCUCUGCUGGAGCUCAGCGCAGGCUCAGGUCUGAGUGAUGGUCAGUGGCAUUCUGUGGAGUUUAACGCCAGACACGAUCAUCUGAGCAUCACAGUGGACAAAGACGAAGGAGCCACCGCUCACACCAGCAUCCAGCUUCCUCUCACAGAUAGUCAGCUCUUCUUUGGUGGUUGUCCUGCUCAGGAGAGCAGUCAGGAGUGCAGGAACCCCUUUAAAGUCUUUCAGGGCUGUAUGCGUCUCUUGACUCUAGACAACCAACCUGUUGACCUCAUCAAAGUGCAACAAAGGCUGCUGGGAAACUACAGCCACUUGCAGAUUGAUAUGUGCGGCAUCAUUGACAGGUGUUCCCCCAGUCACUGUGAACAUGGAGGUAGAUGUACUCAGUCCUGGAGCACCUUCCACUGUAACUGCUCCAACAGUGGCUACAGAGGAGCCACCUGCCACAGCUCGACAUACGCGCAGUCAUGUGAGGCGUACAAACACAAAGGCAACGCAUCAGGACAUUAUUACAUAGAUGUGGACGGCAGUGGACCAAUCAAACCGCAGCUCAUAUACUGUAACAUGACAGAAGACAGGGCAUGGAUGGUGAUCCAGCACAAUAACACGGAGCUGACCAGAGUGCAUUCGUCGCCUGAGAGAAACCAACAUUCAGCCCACUUUGACUACACUUCUGAAGAGGAGCAGUUAGCUGCCAUCAUCAGUCAAUCAGAGCACUGUGAGCAGGAACUGUCCUACCAUUGCAGGAAGUCCCGCCUCCUCAACACACCAGAGGGUGAUCCGUUCAGCUGGUGGGUGGGAGGUCCGGGUCCAGGGCAGGUCCAGACAUACUGGGGCGGAGCUAAGCCAGGAAGCCAGCAGUGUGCCUGCGGCCUGCAGGACAGCUGUCUGGAUUUAAACCACUACUGCAACUGUGACGCUGACUACGACCAAUGGGCUAAUGAUUCAGGCCUGCUCACCCAUAAGGAGACACUCCCGGUCAGGUCUCUGGUGCUGGGUGACAUCCAGCGUCCGGGGUCGGAGGCUGCCUACAGGGUGGGACCCCUCCGUUGUCAUGGAGACAAGAACUUCUGGAACGCUGCGUUUUUUGACAAGGCGACGUCUUACCUUCACUUCCCCACCUUUCACGGAGAGCUGAAUGCAGACAUCUCCUUUCUGUUUAAAACAACAUCUUCCUCUGGGGUCUUCCUGGAAAAUCUGGGCAUUAAGGAUUUCAUCCGGAUCGAACUCAGCUCCUCCUUUGAGGUGCUCUUCUCUUUCGAUGUGGGGAACGGGCCACUGGAGGUGAGAGUGAUGACGAGCGUCCCGCUGAACGACAACCGGUGGCACAGUGUGCGAGCCGAGCGAAACGUGAAGGAGGCAUCGCUUCGUGUCGACGAGUUCCCUGCCGCCACGCAGGAGGCUCCUUCUGAUGGACACAUUCAUCUGCAGCUCAACAGCCAGUUAUUCAUAGGAGGCACAGCGUCCAGGCAGAAAGGCUUUCUGGGCUGUAUUCGCUCUCUGCAGCUGAACGGUGUCACUCUGGACCUGGAGGAAAGGGCGAGGAUCACCCCCGGGGUCCGACCUGGAUGCCCAGGCCACUGCAGCAGCUACGGCUCGCUCUGCCAGAACCAGGGUCGCUGUGUGGAGAGAGCCAAUGGUUUUUCCUGCGACUGUGGCCAGUCAGCCUACACUGGAGCCUUCUGUCAUAAAGAGAUUUCAGCCAACUUUAAGUCGACAACGUCCAUCGCCUACAUCCUGAAGGAGCCCUAUGAACUGAGCAGGAACAGCAGUGCCUUGCCUUGGUCCGUCUACUCCGAUAUGACACUAAAAGGAGAAAACAUCUCCCUGAGCUUCAGGACCAGCCAGAGUCCUGCUCUGCUGCUCUACGUCAACUCUUUCUACAGAGAGUACCUGGCCCUGCUCAUCAAUAAACAUGAUGAGCUGGAAUUGAGGUACAAGUUGCACAGCAGCAGAGAUGUGGAGGUGUUGGAGAGCAGAGUCAUGAACUUGGCUGAUGGACAUCUGCACACAGUGGCCAUUAGAAGACUGGCAGACACUGUCUCCAUUCAGAUUGACCAGAAUGCCAGAGAGGACUUCAACUUGACAUCUGAUGUGGAAUUCAACAGCAUCAAAUCACUCAUCCUCGGUAGAGUGCAUGAGUCUGAGGAGUUGAGUGCAGAGUUGACCACGGUGGCUUCUCUUGGGUUCACCGGCUGUCUAUCAGCAGUUCGUUUUAACUCCAUCAGUCCUCUAAAGGCUGCGCUGCUCCACCCUGACAGCCCCGUUAUCGUCACAGGUCCGCUGGCCCAGUCAAGCUGCGGUUCCUCCUCUUCUGCCAAUCCCUACGCAGCAGAAACCACACACUCCUUAUCAGACCAGCCUGCUUCAGUGGAUCCAGGUCAACCUUUAGUCAAUGCCAUUAGGAGUGACUCAGCUCUAAUUGGAGGGGUAAUCGCAGUGGUGAUCUUCGUCACUGUUUCUGUGUUGGUGAUAAUGGCGAGAUUCAUCUGCAGCAGGAAAGAGACGUACCGGAACCAGGAGGUAAAGGCAGCGCAGCCUGAAGACAGCCAUGAGUUCCCCUUCAGCAGCCAGGCAGACUCCCAGAUCGCUCCCAGUGAAAACCAAAAGGAGUAUUUCAUUUAGCAGGAGCAUUGACUUCUCACUGACCUGACAGGACAGAGCGGGAUGAUUUUCCAACUACUCAGUGCUUUACAGGACACCACAGAGUCCCUCAGCUUCUGGUAGUCGUGGAUCGACAAGAUGUGAAGUCAAAAACAGAACAAUUUCCUUUUUUUCCCCUUUCUGGUUGUAAAUAUUAUACACUUUGCACAAACUGGCAAAAGUGAGGACAUCAAGUGGACUUUAAGUUGUCAACGAGAUGUAAAUAUUUAUAAAUGUAAAUGGUGAUUUGUGUGGUUAUUACAAUAUAUUUCUGUGCCAUGAAACGUUACAAAUAGUAGGGAUGUCCCGAUCCAAUCUAAAAGAUCAGUAUCUGGGCCAAUAAAGGGCAUUUUUUUAAGUGAUCGGUAUCAACUAUAUUGAGCAAGAACUUAAGCCCAAUCCUUUGUUUGUCUGCAGUGUAGAAACAUAAUUUAAUUGGAAAAUAAAAGCAGUCCAACAUCCACCUGUAAUGCAAUGCAAGCAUUUCAUGAAGCAGUAGUAACAGAGCUGCGUUCAACACUACCGAUUUGAUACGCCACCUAAAAAAUAAAAAUAAACAUUCAACACAGUGAGUUCACUCAUGUAACUCAAAGGCAAAGGCUGCGCUGAAGCAACAAACACUGGAGGAUACUUUUAAAAGGAGAGAGAGAAAUUUCCUCGAGACAGCGGCAAGGCCAAAAACAUUACAGAGAAGAUAAUUGAAUUCAUUGCUUUGGAUGAGUAGCCCAUCGUUGUGGUAGCAGGUUUUUGCAGUCUUCUGGAGCUUUUGGAGCCACGGUAUGCCCUACUGUACCAUCUCCACACUACAUUUCAGACAUCAAACAAAAACAGCAACAACAACAACAAAAAAAAACAUUAAGGAACAGCUUGGAUGCAGGCAUUUUUUUUUCUUGAUGUAUUGCAGAGCUAUUCAGUUGUCAAGCAUAUAUAUCGGAUUAUUUUUAAUAACUUUAAUGUAUUUCAAGUGUGCACUGUGCAGCUGUAUUAUCUAGGAAAAUACAAGUAUCGGAUCAGGACUCAGUAUCAGCAGAUACUCAAUAUUAAAUGACUCAGAUCGGGAUCAGGGGCAAAGAAAAACUUGAUCGGGACAUCCCUAACAAAUAAUUUAUUAAAAGGAAUCAUGCUGAGUAGAUGUGAUGAUCAAAACACAGCUUUGUUCCAGUGAAACUAGACUUUUGGACUCUGUUGGUUUACAAAAAAACACUUUUCUACAAGGAUGAUGAAGCUAAUGAAAUUUGAGACGCCAGAGUCAUACAGUAUGUGUUCAAGUGGAGGACUGACAUGUUUCACAUAUAAAAGCUCAGCCGAAGCACAGUCACAGAAUCUACUAAAAUCCAUCUGCUAUAACUGAACAUAAUUUCAACCCCUGCUGUAUAUAUGAAUACAAAAUUAAAGUUACUCUAAAAACUUUA